AUGACUCCUUCCCCGGUAAAAUCACAACCUUCGACCAGAGUAUCCUCUGAUGAGAGUAGCACGACGUCGAAGCUACCGCAGCCGACCACGACGACCACAUCUGUAUCUCUUCCUCCACCACCACAGUCAUUUACGACUUUCAUACAGUCUCGCUCCUCCGUCGUGACCAUACCUGUUACUGGGUCAUCAUCUUCAGGAAUUGUGGAAAUGACAACGACGACUACCAUGACCACAACAACAACGACAACAACGAGUCAAUCAUUCGCAGAACCAACCAAAGUCUCAACGUUUGAAUACGCGGGGUGUCUCGGUCCCAUACCGGAUUCUCCAUUCGCCGACUCUUUCAUCUUGAGUGACGUUUCGGACACCAUGUCGAUUCAAAAAUGUAUAUCGGACUGUGCUGGAUUCGACUAUGCCGGGAUUUACGACACACGAUGUUUUUGUUCCCUGUACUCUGGAUCACCACCUCGACAAGAUUUUGUCACUUAUCCGGACUCGGCGUGUGACACACCCUGUCCGGGUGAUGACACUCAACACUGCGGUGGUAUCGCGCAGUUAUCUAUGUCUGGUCGCUUUCGAUUUGGAAAACGACAGAUUCCGGAAGGUGGUGGUGGUGAUAACAAUACUAUAGUUUUGAUCACCACUUAUAAUAAUACUUUCGCCGGUGGGGGUGGUGAUGGUGUCGACACAUCAUCUAGUUCUUCUGCAAUGACGACGAUGACGACGUCUGUCGGUACGGGUGGUUUGUCGACAUCAGGACCACCAGGUAUAUCAUCAAGCACACAGGCCCAAACCGGUACUCUCACAAUCGUGAGUUCAUCAGUAACAACAGGACGAACACACAUCGAUAGUGGGAUAUUGACUUUGACGUCAACGUCCGCCCUCGUUUCAACUUUGAGUACCUGGACCUCGACACCGACUACGAUAUCAACCAUUUACACCACAAUCUGUGACACAUCUCCGACUCCGACAAUCACCGUCCUUACCACGACGAUUGUUUUGUUACGUUGUGGAUGUUGUACCGACCAACCUAGUCCUACCGUUCCUAUGACCACCAAAGUUGUUGCUCUGGCAGGGUAUCCUGCUGGUCUGGUGACUUCCACGGGGGUGUUGGUGGUGGUGGAAGAAGGACAAUCACGGUCAGACGGUAAAAGUCGGGAUGAAUUUGGGGAUAUCGACAAAAGUGGUGAAUUUCCAACGACGACAACUACACUGACAAUCCCAUGUACCGAAUCAAUUUCUUCACUCGCAAAUGAUGUACAAAAAUGGUACUCUUCUGUUUCUGCGGAUGAUCGAGGAGGAGGAGGAGGAGGAGGAGGAGGUGGUGGUGGUCAUCAAUAUCAUCAACCUUAUUCGUUUCCAAUUUCUUUUCCGAUGACGACGGCAGCGGCCAAAACGGCAGCAGUGGUCACCACCGGUUCACCCGGUUCAACUACAAGGCCAGAAACCACGGUGACAUUGACACUGACCAUCGCACCCGUCGCUUGGUCGAAUUCUAGCACCACCACCAUCAACAACACCGACACCGACACCGACAACGGUUCUUCCACGAUUACACACCUGGGAUCUGGUGAUCACGACGACGAUGAGGGAGACCAAAGUCGUGGCGACGCGAUGAAUACGGCCACUACUACUACUACUCCUUCUUCACCGCUUCAUUCUUCAGCCGCUAGGCACUCGACUUGGGUGCAAGAGGCGUCGGUCGUGGUGAUGAUGGCCGUGGCGCUGCUGUUUGUUUUGGGUGCGUUGUGAUGUCGUUCUUUUACCGUUUGACGCGUGUGAUGACUGUGUGAUAUUGGGCACUUUCUCGUCAUGUCCGUAUUAAUGUCGGCAUCCAUUGUUUGGUCAUGGAACUUUUGACACAUGAUGAUACCUUUCAAGACUUAACCAGGAAACCGGUUUGGAAACGUUUUGAUGAAGAUUCUACAUCGUUGCGUCUCUCCUCGUCAAUCCGCACGAACUCCC